AAGAUAAGUUAGGCGAAUUGCGUUGUUGGUAUGUGUUGACCAGAAAAGCAUAGCCUUUGACUUGAAUUCUCUAACGCCGGCGAAGAUUCAUCGGGAACUUUUCAGAUCAGACUCAAAGAAGAAAUGAGCUCGAUGAAGAGCAGAUUGAAGAGCUACAAGAGGAAGAAGCUAGGGUUAGCUUCAGUCAUCGCCUUCUGUUCUCUCUGUUUCCUCAUCGGCUUCUACGCGUCAGCUCUGCUCUCUCAGAAUGUUCCUGGAGUUAGACCAAGGUUGAGAAUGCUGGAGAUGAUGGAGAACGGUGAAGGAGGAGAAGAAGCUGGUUCGAUGCCUCAUGGUGUUAGUGGAGAUGAAUCUGUUGGGUCUAUUCCGUUUCAGGUACUGAGUUGGAAACCGAGGGCUUUAUACUUUCCAAACUUCGCAACUGCAGAACAAUGCCAAGCUAUUAUUGAGAGAGCAAAGGUUAAUCUGAAACCUUCUGCUUUGGCUCUCCGGCAAGGAGAAACUGCUGAGAGCACUCAGGACACUAGAACUAGCUCUGGAACUUUUGUUAGUGCUUCAGAAGAGAGUUCUGGUGCUCUCGAAUUUGUUGAAAAGAAAAUUGCAAAAGCUACCAUGAUCCCAAGGACCCAUGGAGAGGCAUUCAAUGUUUUACGGUAUGAACUUGGCCAAAAGUAUGAUUCCCACUAUGAUGUUUUCAACCCUACAGAAUACGGACCACAAACAAGCCAAAGGAUUGCUUCCUUCCUAUUGUACUUAUCUGAUGUAGAAGAAGGCGGUGAAACCAUGUUUCCAUUCGAGAACGGUGCUAACAUGGGCAGUGGAUAUGAUUACAAGAAAUGUAUUGGGCUAAAAGUAAAACCUCGGAAAGGAGAUGGUCUUCUUUUCUAUUCAGUGCUUCCAAAUGGAACAAUUGAUCAGACUUCGCUUCACGGGAGUUGCCCUGUGAUCAAAGGAGAGAAAUGGGUAGCUACCAAAUGGAUCAGAGAUCAAGUACAGGAAGACUAGAUUCUUUUUUCUUGUUUUCCAUUUGUAUCUCAGAGCUUCUAUAUUUUGCCUUAAUUCUUGUGCCGGAUCCAUCAUGUACAGUUCUUCAACAAAGACUAUUGGGGUUACUUAAAUAUAAUGCGACACAGUUCGAGAUCG